AUGAUCCAUUAUGGUCAUGGAACAUGGGGCAUGGCAGUGCUUUUCCGACUCAAAGGCUCUGUGAUUCCGAAAGCUUUGGUUUGGUCCGUCCCCUGUGCUCUGCUGACAAUUGGUCUACAUAUAUUCUUGCGUGACACAAUGGUAGAAGCCAUGGGAGCAGCAGGUGCUGAAGGUAUAGACACGAUCUGGUCUGGAUACAAUUUCAUUCUGGGCUUCCUCAUUGUCUUCCGAAGCAACCAAGCAUACUCUCGAUUCUGGGAGAGUGUGUCUCUGACGCACAAGAUCCGGGGUCAAUGGACCAAUGCAUACAGCAGUCUCCUGGCCUUUUGUUCACCAGAUCCUGCCAAGAAGGAAGCGGUGAACCACUUUCGCGAAUAUUUGCUGAGAUUAAUGAGUCUCCUGCAUUGCUAUGCACUCCAUCAGGUCUGUGAGUUGGCGGAUGAUCGUUUGGAAGUGGUGGACCUGAGUGGUCUCAGCCCAGAUACGGUGGAAUUCUUGCAUUCGUGCGAAAGUUCCGACAGGGCAGAGACAGUGAUGCUUUGGAUCGAGAAACUCAUCGUGGAGAGCGAUCGGAACAAGCUUUUCGAGGUGGCGCCGCCUGUUCUCACACGUGCUUUUGCAGAGUUAUCUGCAGGAAUGGUGAACAUGUGCGAGUUGAGGAAGAUCACUGAGGUUCCAUUUCCAUUUCCAUAUUCGCAGUUCUUGUCCUACAUGAUGGUGCUGCAGUGGUUAGCCAGUCCAGUGGUAGCUUCCCAACUCAUCUCUAAAUGGUGGUGGGCUGGUGCUGCCAUUUGGCUCCUGUCCACCUCAUACUGGACCCUGUUUUACAUUGCCCAGGAGAUUGACAUGCCAUUUGGAGAAGAUAGUAACGAUCUACCGGUGGAGCUGUUGCAACACCAGUUCAACGAGAAUUUACUUCACUUGUCAUCGGCACGGUCCUAUGUCCUUCCAGACUUCGUUAGUGCAGUCUCUGUAAAGCGGACCACUGCAAUGAGCAUGACGCGUCAGACGUUGAGAGCUUCCAGGCUGCAGACCAGCUUUCCGAAGCUGAAGAAGGCCCUUGAGCAACAACUCGAGCGUGAGGAGAUGGCCGAGGAGGCUCUGGAACUGGAACGUAGCGGCCAGUGGCACUGGCAGUCGCACCCAAGGAGGACACAACAAGUUCCAGAGGAGCCCCAGGAGCCCCUAGAGGAUACCGAGGAUGAAGAAGUUGGAAUAGAGCCAACUGCUGACCCAGUUUUUGUCAGUGCUCAAGGUAUCAAGACAGUGGUGGGUCCUCGCGCGCUUGAAGCUGCAAGCAGAAGAGGCAUCACCCUGCAAGAUCCUGUGGGCCUCGAAGUGCUCCAAGAGAUUUUGAUGGAAGCGGUGGAUGGCAGUUGUGAACCGGAGGAUGUCGUUGCCCUGGUCGCUGCAGCUGCUGAAUCCGAGGUGAGCACAUCCUCAAGAAGUGACGAGUUGUCCCUCAAUGAGCUCAUGCGGAGGCUCAAAGAUUUGUCGGCCAAAGUGCAGACCAGCUCCGCCAGCUUGUCACAAGAGGAAUUUGAGGUGCCAUGGCACAUGAAAGUGAAAGAACGAAGUGAAAGCCUGAACCAACUGAUUCACGCUUUGUCUGGCACUUUGAGACGUCCUCCCGUGCGAUGGGAUGUGUGA